CGAGAUGAGUGACAGCUCCCUGAUGCCCACCAAGAACAGGCAGGACCCCCUGGAGAGGAUUCCCUCCCUCCUACCAGGCAAGGAGCACAUCCUCCUUUGCAGCACUCCCUGGGCCACCGUCAUGAGCCCCCAGACUCUGAAGUUUAUUCUCCACGGCAUCAUGUGCCGACUGGAGGCCUCAGAGUCUUCCCCAGACAAGGAGGGCCAAUGACCCCUUCAGGCUGAUGAAGGAUCUCUUUGUGCAGGUCCAGCAUGCCCUGAAAUAUGCUGACAUCUCUGUCGUCUUUGGCCUGGAGGAGAGCAUCCAAUUCAGUGGUGAGGAUGCGGUGAAGGCCAUCGUGAAAACUGCGGCUAAAAGAUUGUCCCUGCGUUCGGACUCCAACCGGGCUCAACUGCGUGCCGCACGCUCUGGUAGCGAGGGAGCCAUCAGGUGCAUGGCGGACACCAUCACACAAGUCAUAGAGGACUGGAGUUUCGAAGGCCAUUUUGGAGCCAGGAGGAGCCGUGGUAGUGGGAGGUCACACUCCUCAACCUCCUCAAGGAGUGACGUCACCCUCACCGAGGAGCUCCUGGCUUGGAGGGAAACUCUAGAAGAGGACCUAGAGGAGAUGGCUGAUGACAGCACUGGUUUGGAAAAGACCAGUGUGAGCUCAGCCAUCUCUGAAAAGUCCCAGGUAAUUAGCUACCUUUCUGAAAGCACCAAGCCCAUCAGCAGCGCCCUCUCCACAGACCUCGAGGACAUCACCUCCACACAGGUGAGACGGCCAAGAACCAGUAGAUUGUUUAGUUAUUUGGGCUGUUUGAUUGUGAGGCAUCGACUCAUGUCUGUUUCUCUCUUUACUAAGAAGAAAGAAAAGGAAGAGCCUAUGAAGAAAGAAGUGAGGAAGUCAGGAAAGAAGAAGCGAGGAAAUAACAAGAACCAGAAGAAGAACAAGGUGUCUCCUCUUGGCAAUGAUAGUACUGUGGUUGCAGAUGAGCCUAAGAAAAAACAGUCUCUCCUCCCACGGAUUACAGCCGCCCUGGCAAAACUAUUUUGCUUCCCCUGCAAAAAAAAAAUGCAAAAGUAACUGUGCAGAAGACGAGUUUGGGAAAACCCUGCUGCCACCUCCCCCAACCCACUUUCUAAAUAAACUCUCAAAGCCAACA